CCAGCGCAGACCCGGCGCGAAGUGGGUCAUUUUUCCGAAGUCACACCACUCACUUUCUCAAGCAACUUCGAACUUCUUCAACGUCACAGCUCUCUCCCAACUUCCCGUCAUCCGCCGCACGACAGAACCCAAGCAGCGAAAACACGAUGAUCUCCCGCACCGUCGCCCGCGCCGCCGCCCAACGGGCCAGCAGCACCACCACGACCUCGCUCGUCGCCCGCCGCGGCUUCCAGACGACCCGCGCGCAGCUCAGCUCGCCCUACCACUACGCCGAGGGCCCGUACACGAACCUGCCCUUCAACACCAAGACCCGCUUCUUCGCCUUCCGGUACUGGUCCUUCUGCGCCGCCGGCUUCGGCUUGCCGUUCCUCAUCUCCGUCUGGCAAACCAAGAAGCCGAAGGCUUAAAUUGGUCGAGGAUAUCCUUGGGGAACAUGGCUCGAUUGUACAAUUUGGGUAGCAUUUAGGGAGGAGGAGGCGCGUCUGCCGAAAACUCUUUGAAAGGGGGGUGUCUGUCGGGGGCUUCGUGUUGUGAUAUACAACGAUAGAGAUCAUCAUCAAACCUGCUUCUCUAUGUUCUCUUCUGAGCUAUGCACCUCAAGAGUGGCACCCAUUGCCAAUACGUCUAGCAUUUGCUCCACGGCUUGCGUCGAAGCUACUGACAAUGUAAAUUCAAACUGUGACAAGAAUAGUGAUGGUUAAAAGUUGCUGAAAUCUAGUACUGUUAAAAUGUCA